GAGACUCUGAGUGUCAGUCGGAAAACCAAAUUGGAUGGUGCGAGAGAUCAGAGUGUGGCGUGCCAUUUCUUCUUCACCUCCAACAGUCCAACCCGCCAACAACAAUAAGUUGAAUGUGCUUAGAGGCAAAGAAAGUCAUUUUUACACCUCCAGGCUUCAACCUCAAAUAAGAAAACUAGGCUACGUAUCACGAAACGUUCCUUCAUGGAACGUAGCUAACACUUAGAUUCUGAUUUCUGAGGUGUCAUCCAUGAAUACCUAACUAUUAGUAACUAGGUACUACCAGUACCAGGCUACCCCAGUCCCAGUGGCCCAGUCCCCACGGCCCAGUCCCACUCUUUAGUGAUCAGUUCAUUCAGUUGUCAGUCACUCGUCGUCAGUACUUGCUUGAGAAAAUCUAUUAUCAAGCCAGUCAGCCAGAAAUGGGAAAGAAUAAAAAAAUUAACAAGUUGAAGGGGACACCCAAGGCCAAGUUAUCACCUGCUGUUCAAUCUGACUUGACACAUCUUGUUGACAAGUUGAUUAAAAAAUGUACCAAAGUCCCGGGUCCAGCAUCAUCAUCAAAGCAAGAGUGUCAAGAUUUUGAAGAAAUUUACAACAUUGUUGAGCAAAUCAGGACAAUAGAGAAAGAUAUAAUCUUACCCCAUUAUGCACGAGAGGAGCAACUGAAAGAUUUGUUCAAAUGGGCUGAGAAGAAAAACAUUAAGGUAAGGAAAUUAGCAGCAACUAAGUAUGAAGAUGAAGGAUAUGGUUUGACAUGCAGAGAACCUCUGGAUGAAGGUGAAGUUGCUCUGGAGGUUCCUUUGUCAGCCAUGUUGACAGAGAAGGAUGCAUCAAAUACAUACUUAGGGACAUUAAUCAGGCGAGAUCCCAUGUUGCAAGAGAUGGGUAACGUGAGACUCGCACUGCACCUACUGGUGGAGCUGCUCAAUGAUGACUCGGAAUGGCGGCCAUACGUGCGCAGCCUGCCUCGCCAGCACGUCUCUCCUCUGUACUUCACUCCUCGCCAUAUACAAACACUUAAAAACUCGUCGCUUCUAGGGAGUUGCGUGAAGCACUACCGUAACAUUGGACGGCAGUAUGCUUACUUCUAUCGUCUACUUCGCUCGCUACCUGAGGCUAGGGACUGGCCCCUCAAGGAAUAUUUCACCUACGAUGCUUACAGAUGGUCCGUGAGCUGUGUGUGCUCGCGGGUUAACAGCGUCCCUGUGGCGGAGGGGGCGCCGGUGCUGGUGCUUGUGCCGCUCUGGGACCUUGUCAACCACAGGCCUGGCAAGAUGUCAACUGACUUUGUACGCGAGGAAGGCAAGCUGGUGUGCUACGCGAACCGUCAUUUCGCGGCAGGCGAGCAGUUCAGCAUGCACUACGGUCACCGCGACAACGCCGAGCUCUUCAGACUCAGUGGCUUCGUGGUGCCAGACAAUCCAAACGACUACGCUUUGGUGCGAUGCCCUUUGUCCACGAGUGACGCUGACUUGGCGGCGAAGGUGGCGCUGCUGGAGGCGCUAGGUGUGAGGGACGGCGAGGCUCUCCGCCUGCUGUGGGGCGACCGUCCCGUCACGGCCCCUCUCUGGGCGGCUGCCGUUAUCUACUGCGCCAAGUCUGAUUUCCUGGAGGAGGUUCGUAGGAGCCAAAGCCCUGCGGCGCUGCUGCUGGAGGUGCAAGACGACCCGAGGCUCGCCGAGCUGCGGGCCGCUGUUGUCAAGUUCUUGACCGUGAAGUUCGACUUGCAGGAGCGGCUUCUUGGCAGAGAUACCGCGUCUGUACCUGCGGACAGCGAUGACGCUCGAGACAAGCUCGUGGUGAGCGCCCUCCAAGCUGAGGCCCGCUUGUUCAGUUCCGCCCGACAGAGCCUCGCUUCGUCUGCCUUUGUCUCCUCUUGAAGAUUGGCUCUCUGCCCGACAGAGCCUCGCCUCGUAUUUUUUGAAAAUUGUUACUGAACCUGAAAACUGCCUAAUUGUUUUGUCGUCGGUUUGUUUCGAGCUAGUUGUAGAGUUAUGAUUUUGGAAGUGCACUAAAAUAGAUAUUGAAGGAGUUUUCAACCUGUUUCUAUUGAGAGAUUUUAUAGUAUUUAACAUGAAUUUCAACCAGCGCUCUUAGACAUUGUGUUCUGGGUGCUGUGCAACAUUUCCAUGUUGGAAAUGUUGCAAUUUCCAACAUGUUUCACUUUUAUUUUGUGUACAUCAUUUUUUGUUAGAUUUGAAAGAUGUUUAUAGAUGCCUUCUAUACGUUGACUAACGAAUUUCAUUGAAAAAUUUACUCUGGAACUUAAUCACAACCUUUUCUCACAGUUCAAACAGUGCCAUGAUUUUGCAAAAUAGAUCAUAAAGCUAAAAAAAUAAGUUAUGUGUAAAGAAUUGACUACCGUGGUUUGGUUUGUCCCCGCGUUGUCCUCAGUUCCCCGUUUACACUACGAAUAUCAAGACUAAAAUUACUGCUCAUAACCUAUGAUGUUUUGAGGUAAUACCUUCGUCUUCUGAUGCUUUUUGCCGCUAUUCUUCCUGCAAUAGAAUUCCAGGCGUUGAGGCACUGCUUUAUAUCAUCGCAUGCCAACUGACUUCUAAUAGGUGACAUUUUCUUGCAAAAAAAAAAAAACAAAAAAAAGUUUUUUAGCGUGACCCAUGUCAUCAAUUUAUGUAAUUAUGUACAUGUAUUAAAAAUAGGCUGUAACCAGUCUAUAGUUUAUGUGUCAUCGAAUAUGCUCUGCAUUGUGCAACUGAAUUUAUACAAGUGUUGAAUGAUUUCUAACAUAACAGUGUCGUCUUUACUGUUUUGUUUUUAGUUACUAAUGAUUUAUUGGCAAAAAUAAUACCUCAUCCCGGCUUUCUCAACUCGUGUGCCGCAUUAAUACUAAAACUAUUUGUUUUAAUAAAAGAGCUUAACCGAGA